AUGAUCGCGCCGCCGCGCCACCUCACCUCGUUGAUCGUGGUGUUCGCGCUCGCGCUGCUGACCUUCUUCAUCUACUACCGCCCCUCGAUAGGAGACACCAUCUCGGACCAUGCGACUUCGAUAGCAGGAGUGUCGGGGAGGAGUCGCGUAAAAGCUGCGAAUGCGACACUGGGUUUUGGAGGGUUAUUCGUCGUCUCCGGCCCCGGCUCGCCGCGAAGGUCGAAGUUGGAGCAAGCAGCGGCGGUAACAGAGCUGCAGCUCACAAUACCGGAGCAAGUACAGUGGACGGGGCAAGACGUGCUCGACUUCCGGUGGGACAACGUCACCGAGUCCAAAGUCGGCAUCGGCAGCGUCAAAGCCUGGCUCAGCCACCACCUCGUCCUGAAAGCCUUCCUCGAGUCCGGCGUCGAGACGGCGCUCAUCUUCGAAGACGACGUCGACUGGGACAUCCGCCUGCGCACCACACAAGUCCCGCUCGCCCAGGCCGCCGCGCGCACUCUCACCUCCGCCUCUGCAGCCUCCCAAUACCCCUGGGGCCACCCCGACACCUGGGACUUGUUUUAUCUGGGCCACUGCGGCGACUACUUCAACGACCUCGACGAAGGCGUCGGAGUAGGCCACCACCACCCCCACCACCUGACCGAAAUCCCGCACCAAGUCUUCCUCGACCCCACCCUCCCCGACCGCACCGACCUGCACCCCUUCACCGCCUCCCUGCUCACGGCCCUCAACGUGCCUCUGCAAAGCCGCGUGCUCCACCGCUCCAAAUGGCCCCUCUGCACGUUCGGCUACGCCGUCACUCGCGCUUCCGCCCUGAAGAUCCUGACCGACGUCGCGCCGCCGAAAGAAGACAUUGCGCGUAAUCUAAUCGCCUACGACGCGGCGCUGUUAGACGGUUGCCGCAACGCGUACAAACUGAACUGCUUCUCCAUCACCCCUGAGCUCUUCCAUCACAUGGAAGGGAAGAGCAUCAUCGCGCUCGAAGAGGAGACGCACGACCAUAAGCAAGUUUUCCGGCCGCCGGUGGAUGUCGCGGGGUUUGAGCAGGUGUGGUGGAGGAAGGAGACGAGCAAUAUUGGGUGUGGGUUUUGGAGCGGGGAGUUUUAUUACGAGUAUGAGGAGAGCAAGUUGGAGGGGUUGAGGGAGGAGGCGAGGAAGGGGAGGUGUGCUAAGGAGGGGAGGCGUGCUAAGGAGGGGAGGCGGUAG